AGAUAGAAGCAACGCUCUGAACAAUGGAAACAAAGCCAGUUGUCUGGUUCAAACUUGAACUUAUCGAACUCCAGGGUUGUGUUUUGCCAGAGCAUGAACUAGUUUGGGUCAGAAGAAUGCAGUUUAUUCUUAGUCGUGGGAAGUCAAUACCCUAAUGGCUGCUCGACCCCUUCAGCUCAGAUGCAAAACCAAAACAGGACAGCACCUUCUGAGUGGGCUGAACCUGGACUCCAAGAUUGGACAGCUGAAAGACAAGAUCACAGAGGUCACUAAGAUACCCAGAGGGGCCCUCAUUGUCCGCCAGGGCUACCCCCCAAAAGUCAUUGACAUUAGUGAAGAGGACGGCCCAUUGUCCUCCCUUCCAUUCAGGUCUGGAGACACACUGAUUGUGGAAGGCGACCGUAAGCUGCAGGAAGAACUCCAGCAGCAGCGGAUGGACAACGUGAUUCAGAAACAGUCCAUCAACUCUAAAGGAAUCCUGAUGAGAAAAGUAGUUCCUGCUGACAAUUCCUGUCUGUUUACCAGUAUUAAUGCUCUCAUGAACAAAGGAGUUAUAGAUCUGUCUUGUUCUAAAGCCAUGAGAGAGAUUAUUGCCGGAGUUGUGAUGAGUGACCCUAUUAAUUUCUCGGAGGCGUUUCUGGGAAAGACCAAUAAUGCCUACUGCCACUGGAUAAUGAACCCAGACUCUUGGGGAGGGGCCAUAGAAAUCUCUAUCCUCUCACAGUACUUUAAUGUAGAAAUCGCUGUUGUUGACACCCAGAGUUGUCGCAUCGACAGAUUUGGUGAAGACAAGUUUUACAAGGAACGAAUAUUUGUGAUAUAUGACGGCAUUCACUAUGAUCCGCUAAUCAUGGAGCCUUUAGACCCCAGCCUACCAGUCCAGACGAUAUUCCCAACCAGUGAUGCAUCGGUCCUCGGUCAAGCCAUGGAGAUUGCGUCGGAGGCCAAGGCGUCACGUCAAUUUACGGAUGUGGCAAACUUCUCCAUCAGGUGCUUGGUAUGUCAGAAACUUCUCUCAGGUCAGAGUGAGGCUCAGGCUCAUGCUAAAACGACGGGACACAUUAACUUUGGUGAAGUUUGAUGGGGUUUCCUGGAAUAACUGUCACGGAGUAGCCAGUGUUGCCCAGCUUCAUGUACUUGUAUUUAUAGUCCAGAAGUUGGAAAAUAGUUGGAGACUUUUUGGGAUGAAUUUUCUCAAUUUACCAGAUCUCUUGAGCCAGUUGAAUUGUCACAGUCGUCCUGGGGACUAGUCAACCCAGACUGAUGUACAGCUGAGAACUACAAUAUAGGUUAUCACCCACUUAUGAAGAAACUUCAAUACCAAGCAUAUUACUUGUUAAUUAUAGUUUGUAAAUGCUAUCUGCUAGCUUUUGAUUUACUUCAUAAACUGUCAUUCAUUUAAUGGUAUUGACUUACACAUGUAUGUAAUAUUUAUUCUACCUCACAGUUUUUUUCAUCCUUUUUAUACAAGUUGAAUGUAAUGGACCGUUGGUCUAAAAUAAAUGGUAUGACCAUGAUGAAUGUUCCCUGAUCUGCAGACUUGAUUUCGUACUACAGUUCUGGUAUUUGGCUAAUUAAUACACUGUGAGUGACUAAACUUGUCUGAUUUAGAUUAGAUGAAUAAAAUUCCCUUUGAUUUGC